AUGUCGAACGAUCCCUCGCAGGGCCUCGAGCAGGACGAGCCGGGCGACGACGAGGACCUCGCGCAGGCGUUGAUCCUGCGAGGCACCAAGCUGCGGCCGCGGCUCGGGCAGACUCCGGCGACGUUUCAGCUCUCCAUCCACCACCUACACCUGUCGGGCGUUGGGCUCGUGGGGGACCUCUCGCUGCUGCGCUGGGCGCCUGGCCUGCAGGUACUAUACGUGUACGACAACCGCCUCUCCUCGCUGCGCGGCCUCGGCUCACUGCCGCGCCUCUCGCACGUGUACGCCUCCAACAACCACUGCGAGGAGCUCGGCUUUGAGGCGGGUGCGGCGCUCGAGCACAUCAACCUGCACGGCAACAGGAUAGGGACGAUCACCGGCCUCCAGAACGCCAGCGGCCUCGCCCACCUCGACAUCGGAUCACAGCGCCCAGCGGAGCCGCCCGGUACCUCCUCCUGCCUGCGCAUUGACGUCGAUUCUCUCUGGGGCAUCGCCCCGUCACUGCGUUACCUCAAUGCGAGCGGCAACUCGCUGGGCGACGACGCACUCGCGCAACUCGUCGCGCUGCAGCACCUACGCGUCCUCGACAUCUCGGGCAACGAGAUUGGCGGCGCGAGCGUGCUAGCGCAGCUCCUCUUCCGCCUCCCGCUCCUCACAGCGUUGCGGCUAAAGGGAAACCCGCUGACCGCACGGUCAAAGUGGCGUGAGGCACUUAUCAUGGCUGGCGUGGGCCUCGAGGAGAUUGAUGGCAAGCCCAUCGCCACCCACGAGAGGGCCUUUCUGCUUCAACUCGCCGCUAAGCGCGCCGGGAUGCGCCCUCAAGCGACGCCGAUGGGGAUACCCGCCAGGCCGGCGACGACGCCGGCCGUGCCGUCGCUCAUCGGCGAAGCCCCACCACUCGUCUCGUCGGGCUCCAUGCGGCACAUCAAAAUACAAAAAGACAUCGUAUCGCUCGAGGGCGGGGCGGAGGUCCGCUCUCGAUAG